UGGAAGUGAAAAUUUAUCACGAAUUGUGUCAAAUGGCGAAAACCUUCGAGAUUAUUUUAAAACUUGCAUUGUUUAUCUGCUGUUUUUGAGCAGCUGCUUGAGGUUCAAGCUGCUGAGUUGAACCAAUUGUCAAAACAAAAAUGUAAACACGUCAUUUGUGUGGAUUCGCAAAUCAGAUCCGAUGCAGCAGGAUUUUCUGAGCAGUAAGAUUGGUUCAACAACAAGAAUUACAAAAUGAGCGCAAUAUUUAACUUCCAAAGCCUCCUGUCGGUGCUGCUCCUGCUGAUCUGCACUUGUACCUAUCUACGUUCGCUGUUCCCUAGCAUCAUUGACCGAAAUAAAAAAGGAAUGUUGGGAUUGUUUUGGAAAUUCGCACGAGUCGGCGAACGAAAAUCUCCUUACGUGUCCGUGUGCUGUUUAGUUAUGGCUGUCUCAAUAUUAUUCUGGUCCUAGCAAGUAUAUCGUGCGAAUGCUGUAACUCAAGUAUCGAAGAUGCAUUUGAAGGAAUAAAUUAUGUUACUCAUAACUCGA